CGGCGCUCCCGGCACUGGGCGGCCUUAUUGGGCGCGGGCUGUUCAGCGACCUCCCUCCAUCUUGCCGGACAUGGACUCGAUUCGCGUGACGAAGGUCGAGGGCGUGCUCUGCACCAAGGGGGGUAGUACCGCACCAGGGACCGUGCAUCUGACCGCUCACCAUCUCAUAUUUCACUACGAUGACACUGGACGGGAGGAGAUGUGGGUUCCAUACCCCCUCAUAUCUCUCGUAACGCGUCUACCAUUGAACCUGCAAGGACAAUGUACGCUCAUGAUCCGCACACGAACGUUCGAGACCAUCACUCUGCUGUUUGUGCUGGAAGCUAGUGCGAUCGAUGUCUUUGACACGGUGAAAGAGCUUACCGUCGCGACGUCGGUAACGCAGCUGUACGCUUUCUACUAUGUGCCGAAUCCUCCUUACGCGGUCGACAACGGGUGGUCGAUCUAUUCUCCAAGAGAAGAGUUUGUACGGAUGGGGGUUGGUUCGCGCACGAAGGCAUGGAGAUUCACGGAUAUCAACAAGGACUAUUCGUUCUCCCCAACGUAUCCCGCACGUCUUGUUGUUCCAACCCGUAUCAGCGAUACGACAUUGCAAUACGCGGUUAAGUACCGCAGCAAGGGUCGGCUCCCUGUAUUGACCUAUCUUCAUUGGGCGAACUACGGAAGCAUCACGAGGUCUAGCCAGCCUAUGGUCGGCCUAACGCAGAAUCGUUCUAUACAGGACGAGAAGCUCAUAGAGGCAAUCUUCCAAACGCACUGGUCGCCGGAAACCCGAGCCACUGCUAGCCCUGUUUAUGGCGCUACGUGCACCAAUCUCAUCAUCGAUGCUCGCCCGACAACAAACGCAAUGGCGAACACCGCGAAAGGAGCUGGUACCGAGAACAUGGACCACUACAAGGAGGCCAAGAAGGCGUAUCUGGGGAUCGACCACAUUCACGUUAUGCGCGAAUCGCUCAACAAAGUGGUAGAAGCCCUGAGAGAGGCCGACGUUGUCUCAGCAGUCGGACAGACCGACACGGAGCCUGGCGAGGAGCUCGGCGUACCCGUGCUAGACAGACAAGCGCUGCGACGUUCUGGUUGGCUGAAGCACAUCUCUGCCAUCAUGGAGGGCUCGCUGCUCAUCGUGCGAAACGUACAUGUGAACUCGUCACACGUCCUCAUUCAUUGUUCUGAUGGGUGGGACCGCACGGCACAACUCUCUGCGUUCUCUCAGCUCUGCCUCGACCCCUUCUAUCGGACCGUGCGUGGGUUCCAAAUCCUCGUCGAGAAGGAAUGGUUAUCGUAUGGUCACAAAUUCUUGGACCGAUGCGGGCAUCUCUCGUCGGAGAAGUUCUUCCUGACACCAGUGGAGAACACGGGCAACGCGAGCGGUGCGGAAGCCGCCCAAGCAUUCCUGGCGUCCGUGCAGAACAGAUUCGCGUCGCAGGGCCACCUCAAGGAGACGAGUCCCGUGUUCCACCAGUGGCUGGAGUGCGUCCGUCAGGUGCAGCGGCAGUUCCCGGAGCGGUUCGAGUUCAACGAGCGGUUCCUUCGGCAACUACACUGUCACCUUUACUCAUGCCAGUUCGGCACGUUCCUGUUCAACACCGAGCGGGAGCGACGCGUCGGCGAGGCUGGCAAUCCGCCGCCGUGCGAUAGGACGGUCAGCGUCUGGGACUUCUUCAACUCGCCGCCGGAGAAGGAACUGAAUAUCAAUCCUGAUUACGACCCAUCCGUCGAUGAUCCCUCUCGGCGUGGACCCGGCGCUGACAUGGGCGUGCUUAUGCCCAACCCGAAGGACGUGCGCUUCUGGCACGAGCUGUACGGUCGCACAGACGAGGAGAUGAACGGAAGAUUCGUUACGCGACAGCUUGCUCAAGAUCCCGAGUAUCACGGCGCCAUAGACACUGCUUCAGAUGAUCCUGUCAAUGCUGGUGCGGUGCCUUCCUCCGUCCCGCUUCCGCCGUCUCCUGGAACCACCCCGUCCCCUAGCAUCGCGAUCCCACAGCCGGAGGCUCGUCAAACGGUUGACAGAAUCCCUUCACCGUCGGGUCACGCGUCGUCCUCGUUGAACCCGGGAUCGCCUCGAACGCGGCAUGAAAGCAUGCGACGGUUUGAUCGCACUCUCUCGCCGUCCGCGCAAGCUUCGCCCGUUCCCCCUCGAACCCCAUCGCCUCUGUCCGCCCGGACAUACUCGUCUGGACGCCCACAGGCCGGCAUGCCAUCUGCGGACCUCUUCUCGAGCAGCGGCGUGCGAUCGAUGUGGGGCCGCUUCUCUACAAACGCCACCGCUGCCCUGUCUGCCGUCCAGGACGCGUACGGUGGGAUGGCGAAGGAUUUCAAGACGCUCUCACUGAGCGCAGCCAAUCCUGGGGACGGUCAAGGAGGCGAGCUGAAGUCGCGGGAUGAGAUUGGUGCCUGGGGCGAGUCGGAAGCGGCGCGACGGCCGUCGUCGCCCCGCUCUGCAGCGAUGGCGCAAACAUUAGGCGCGAGCACGAAUCCAUGGGCGACGUCGCGGCCGACUGUGCCAUCUGUCCUGCUGCACAACCCUUGGACAGCAGCAGAGUCUAGCGCGCCCAAGCCGCCAGCGAAAGAUGUCAGCGUCUCACACACACAAGGAUCAUCACCAAGUGAUGUGUCUGGCUUGCCGCUCGACCCCACAAUCGCUCUUCCCAGCUCGCCAGCCCCGCGUAUACGUAGUACCGAGAACGUCCCCCCGCAUCCUGCGCCGAUAAUCUCGGACGCGCACCGGUCAAAGCCACCGUCUCCCAAACCGCCCUCCCCGCCCCCGUCUGCACCGACCACAUCCGCUUCGGACCCUCUGGGAGUCGGAGUAUGGUAGGCCGGGCUGAGGAUGGAUAUUUUGGGCUGCAGCGCUAUAGACACGACCUGAUUCCCAUGUACAGUGUAUUUCUCACUCGUGCUCGUUUAUGUGAAUGAUGUAGCGAUACUGGUCCCA